GUCAUACCCGAACACCCGCAUUCAUCCUUGAACSGAUUUUAUCCGGGGAAUUCACAGAACCUCUACGGUAUAUGAUUUCUUCACAGAUGUCAUAGGCCUUCAAACCUCAGAAAAUGUCAAAAGUUGGGGUAACAUUGUUGGUCUUAGUUGUCUGUGUGGCGUAUACUUUUUCAAGUGAAUUAGACGACGAUUAUGUAUCCAUUAACAAACGGGCGGAAUCACCACUCGAAGAAAUCCAUCUUUUAGACAAAAAGAGCACAAUAGCUCGAGCAAAGCCAAAGAAAGAUGACGACGAAAAGGAAAAUGAUGACGGCUCUUCUUCUCCAUCUGGUGUCAAAGAUAUUGAAACUGAGAAAGACGCUACGGGUGAGAGUAUCGACGCACCUAAAAGUGCUCCAYCUCRCAAAGAAGCAGACRGGAAGAAAAAGGAAGAGCAAAAAUUAAAGGACAAAAAGUCCAAUGCCAGGAAUGCCAAUGGCACCACAACCAAUGCCAGGAAUGCCAAUGGUUCCACAACCAAUGCCAGGAAUGCCAAUGGCACCACAACCAAUGCCAGGAAUGCCAAUGGCUCCACCAAUGCCAGGAAUGCCUAUGGGACAACAGUGUCAACCUUCAUGCGCUCCAACUUGCUGUGGGCCAUCACCUGCCCCAAGACCGCCACCACGACCAGUAAGACCACCUGCACGCCCUACACCAGCUCCCGCAAGAGCAAACCCUGCAUGRAACGCUCAAUGUGCACCACAGUGCUGUGGAGGAGCUUCGUACAAUCAAUAUCCACAAGCACCAAACUACAUGCCAUCUUCUUAUGCCGCUGGAUAUCCAUCGUACRCAAGUAGUUUCCAGUCUCCAUAUCAGCAAUCUACGCAAAACCUUGCUCAGUCAGCUGUUGCACAGCCCACACCUGCUGGAGGAACCUUGCAGGCAGACAUCUGCAAACCAAUUUGUUUGAAGUUUUGUUUGACACUAUGUCCCCAAAAAUGCUGCGCUGGUGGAAAGAAUGCUCCAACAAAACCACCAACGAAACCUCCGACAACAUCCCUAUCAACAAUUCCUCCCACAAAAGCCAUCCCAACUCCUSCUGCUGCCUGUCCUGCUGCACCUAUAUGCACCCCAAUCAACUGCAUGCCUAGCUGUCCUGCGUACUGCUGUAGGCGAAACGAGAUUCAAAAACCAAAAAGUGAGGAUAGCUGCCCUACACUAUGCUACCACAAAUGUGCGCCAAUCUGUCCUAGAAGAUGCUGUGGGCCUCAUCCMGGUAACCCUUCUGGAGAAACCCGACCUAACGUUCACAUAUCGGAUCUUCCAUAUGGCAGUUCUUGCCCGGGUAUUUGCAGAGAUGUCUGCGCUCUUGAAUGUCCACAUCGUUGRUGUGGUCCAGGUUCAUUUAAGCGAAGCAAUAUACCAUACCCAUACAGAAGAAUUCGUAGAUAUGACAAUAACCCAUACCGUACCCAAAAGUUCGUCUCACCACAUGUUAGUACAAGUUAUAUAAGAAGAUUUGGUCUUCCAAAAUUGUAAAAGAACGCUGUGAAAAUGAUGGCAACUACUMAAACAAAACGUACAGGACCUCAGACGAAUCGUUUAAAUUGAUGAAAAAAAAUUCAACGAGAGUUCCUAWAAGUUCGAUUACGCAAUAACAUAUAACUCACCGUCAGUAUAUAAGAUAUUAUAUAGACUACUAGGUUUUAGAAACUUUUUACAGCAGUCUUCAAUCACUGGACAUAUAUGUGACGAGCCUAAGAUCCGCGCCGGUUUUUUUGGCGACUCAGUCUUUUCCAACGUCAGAGAAAAAAUGUUUGUAAAUAUAUAGAYUAUUUGUUCUCAUUGCUUGCCGAUGUAUUUUAUUAUAUGGUUGUACAUAUAAUUUGUGAUAUCACUAUAUCAAUAAACGAUAAUGUAUAUUCAA